AUGAUCAGCGGAACAUCCCGGAACGUGACUUCGUUCAUGCUUCGGGCUUUAGUGGUCCUCGACACCUCGAAGAGUCGCGCUGUGGAGCAGUGGAACUCAGCGCAUCCUGAGCAGAAGAUCGAAGCGGGCCACGUCAUUUUGGAGGUCAACGGGGCGCGGGAUCCGCGACGGAUGCUGCGACAGCUCCGCAAGAGCUCCAAGGUGGAGAUCCUGAUGAACAAGCAGCCGAGCCCGGAACAGGUCUGUGUCUUCCAAGCGGCCUUGGAGCUGCGUCGGAAGCCGGCCCUGCCCACCGUCGAAGAGGGGCUCGAAGUGACAUCGCCUUGUGCCUCAGUGGAGCCCUGUCUCUUGGUGUCGGAAGGUCCGAAGGCAGCACAGGCCGUUACAUUUGCCAUGAGGAUCUGGAGCCCAAGGCCUCCGACCACGUCGAGUUGCCUUGCGGCCAGGAAUUUCACCGAAUCUGUUCAUGAAAGAGAGCCACAGUCAGUGGCAACGCCCGGCGCGCCGCAGCGGCGCGUUCGGAGAACCAACGGCCUAUAG